AUGGUUCAGAGCCGGGUAUUAAUCCAUGUUCUGGUUCAGGUGAUAUCAUUCCUCUGUCCUGUAAAGUCUGAUCAUGCAGCGUUACCUUCAGUACAUCUAAUUGAUCCCCCCUCUCUCUCUCUCUCUCUCUCUCCUCCAUCAGGUAUCGGUUACGCCUCCAUUGUGAUCGUGUCCCUGCUGAAUAUCUACUACAUCGUCAUCCUGGCUUGGGGCCUCUACUACCUGUUCCAGUGUUUCCAGCCGGAGCUGCCCUGGGCCAAGUGCAAUCAGCCCUGGAACACCGACCGCUGCAUCGAGGACACCCACCGCAAGAACAAAUCCCUCUGGCUGGCCGCCAACGCCUCCAACUUCACCUCCCCCGUCACUGAGUUCUGGGAACAUAAUGUGCUGGGUAUCACCAAUGGUAUCGAGGACAUCGGUCCUGUUAAAUGGGACCUGGCUGUGUGCUUACUGCUUGUCUGGGUCAUCUGCUUCUUCUGCAUCUGGAAGGGAGUCAAGUCCACUGGCAAGGUGGUCUACGUCACCGCAACGUUCCCCUUCAUCAUGCUCAUCGUGUUGUUGAUUCGUGGCGUGACACUGCCAGGUGCUUCCGAGGGCAUCAAGUUCUACCUGUACCCUGAUCUCGCUCGCCUGAAGGACCCAGACGUCUGGAUCGACGCCGGCACCCAGAUCUUCUUCUCCUACGCCAUCUGUUUGGGCGCCAUGACGUCCUUGGGGAGCUACAACAAGUACAAAUACAACUGCUACAGGGACUGUUUGCUGCUGGGAGCCCUCAACAGUGGUACCAGUUUUGUGUCUGGCUUCGCAAUAUUUUCCGUCCUGGGCUUCAUGGCACAAGAGCAAGGGGUGGACAUUGCUGAUGUGGCAGAGUCAGGUCCAGGCCUGGCGUUCAUUGCCUACCCCAAGGCUGUAACCAUGAUGCCUUUCCCUACAGUCUGGGCAAUUCUCUUCUUCAUUAUGCUGCUGCUGCUUGGCCUCGACAGUCAGUUUGUGGAGGUGGAAGGGCAGAUCACAUCACUGGUGGAUCUGUAUCCGUCCUUCCUAAGGAAGGGUUACCGCAGAGAGGUCUUCAUCGCUAUCAUCUGCUGCAUCAGCUACCUGCUUGGACUCACCAUGGUUACCAAGGGUGGCAUGUAUGUUUUCCAGCUGUUUGAUUUCUAUGCAGCUAGCGGUGUGUGCCUUCUGUGGGUGGCAUUCUUUGAAUGUAUAGCUGUUGCCUGGGUUUAUGGCGCUGAUAAUUUCUAUGAUGCUCUUGAGGACAUGAUGGGCUACAGACCAAAUCCUUGGAUGAAAUGGAGCUGGACUGUUAUCACUCCUUUACUGUGCAUGGGCUGCUUUAUCUUCUCCUUGGUCAAAUACAAGCCAUUGACGUACAACAAGAUCUACGAGUAUCCUGACUGGGCCAUCGGCAUCGGUUGGACUCUGGCCUUGGCCUCCAUGAUCUGCAUCCCCAUGGUGGUCGUGAUCAAGAUCAUCCGAUCUGACGGGCCGCUCAUUGAGAGGAUCAAGGCGGUGGCAGCCCCUGUUCGCGGCGGGGCCAGCUCCCGUCCCGCAGACCAUCGCGGCCUCAAGGAGCUGUCCUGCCCUCUGGACCCCAACGGGAACAAGGGUCUGCUGAUGAAAGCCCCCACCCAUACCAUCGUAGAAACCAUGAUGUAAAGGAGUGAGGCGGAGGCUCUCCAUGAGAUCGCUCUCCCCUCCUCUCCUGUCCUCUGAAAUGCUAAAGCUAGCUAGCUUUCUGUCUCUCUGUCUGUCUGGUGGACUGAAAAGGGUUUUAAGGAAAAAAAAAAAAAAGUUCCCGUUCAAAUCUUUUAGGAAUACUUUGGAAGUAGUUCGCUCUUGGUGGUUUUCUCAUGAGGGUAGCAAUCACAUUUCAAAUCUGUUUCUGGAUUACUCACAAGCUGUCUUGCCUCCCCCCUCCCCCUCCCCCUGUUUGUAGUUCUUCCGUGACUACACAUCCAACCAAUGUCUCGUUUCAAGACAAAUGAUCUCCAGUCUCCGGUCUGGUUGAUCUCUGCCAAUUCAACCAGCUAAUUUACCAUAAAACCAGCUGCUGUUCCAGAAGAAGGACGAGUCUUUUCAGUGAGUUCAGGAAUCAAACAGACUUUUGUAGCCACAGAGAAGGCUUCCUCGAAAGAGGCUGUUCUUGGAAUACGUUUGUUCAAUUUGGCUGAAUCUGCGGCUCUGUGCUCGCCAGUAAAAACAAGUAAAAGCAUGUUUAACUCAUUCCAUGUGUCGGGUAAGCUCAGACCAAAAGCACAAGGAAUAUUUCACUCUUCUUGUGUUUGCAUUCCUGUUUCUGGAGAUAUUUGGCGAUCAGUGGCGUCUACAUUCGUUCCCAGAAGCACAGAUCAGUGAUCGGCAUUUACACAUGAAAUACAUCCACUUUCCUCUAAUUUAGUUGUUAAAAAAAUGGAUCAAAAUAAUGCAGAAGUUACUCCAUCAUGUUACAGAUUCGUCAAAAGUUUAACAGCUUGCUUUGCUUGGUUUGUCUGCAAGAUGACAAGCUGAGGACUUUCCUUGGAGACAGUCUUCUUGGUCAAAUCAAGCCUUUAGAGAGUUUCAGGACGCAGCUUCAUCUAGAUUUCUUUGGCGUCUUUGCUUUGCUGAUGGUUUGAAUCUACCUUCGGAUACAUAGAGCGGCGUAUCAUCGGCAUAACAGACAUCAGGAAAGUGGAGUCCCAUUUUUCGGCUACUCUUAGGACUAUUUUACGAUCAAAUUUGACCAAAUGGACCCACUUUAAGAUGUGGAAAGUGGACUCAAGUGUCCCAAAAACCCAGGUAUUUACAUCUGAUUGGUUUCAACAAAUCAACCAAAGUAGUCUGGUAUUCCAUCCUCGCCUUCUUCCCUCUGAUCAGCCCAGGAUGGAAUUUAAUUGCAAAGGUCAAAUCAAGCCUUGAUAGAGUUUCAGGAAGCAGCUUCAUCUAAGUUUCUUUGGCAUCUUUGCUUUGCUG